UGAUCAGCGUUUGCUGAAGAACUGCGCAUGCGCUUUCAGUGGUGGACGCGAGGUGGGAAAAUUCAUUCCGUCCGUUUCUACCACAAACAUAAGCAUGCUUUUUAGCUCAAGUUUGCAACUUUAUGGACUAUAAACCGGUUCAAAACACUCUUCAAUUAUACAUUCAUAUCUAUCGUCAGAUCAUCUUUUAGGAAGCCGUGGGCCUCGGCUUCACCGUGUGCACGGAGGCUGAUGGUGUUUAGAUGAGAGCAGAACCCGCCCUUUAGUGUGUGUGAAUUUCUCUGCACGUUGGCAGCUCACCUGUUUGCACAGCAUGAAAAUUGCAGUAGAAGGCUGCUGCCAUGGGGAGCUGGACAAGAUCUAUGAGACAAUUGAGUACCUGGAGCAGAAGGAGGGGGUGAAGGUGGACCUGCUGGUUUGUUGUGGAGACUUCCAGGCAGUGCGAAAUGAAGGCGACAUGAAGUGCAUGGCAGUGCCAGCCAAGUACAGAACGAUGCAGACCUUUUACAAAUACUACUCUGGAGAGAAGAAGGCUCCAGUCUUGACCAUCUUCAUUGGAGGAAACCACGAGGCUUCCAACCACCUGCAAGAGCUGCCGUAUGGAGGCUGGGUGGCACCAAACAUUUAUUAUCUAGGUUAUGCAGGUGUUGUCCGCUACAGAGGGAUCAGGAUUGGUGGCUUAUCUGGUAUCUUCAAAUCACGUGACUACAGGAAGGGCCAUCACGAAUUCCCUCCAUACAAUCCUGAAACACUUCGAAGUGUGUACCACAUCAGAAACAUCGAGGUUUUUAAAUUAAAGCAGAUCCAGAUGCCCAUAGACAUUUUCAUGAGCCAUGACUGGCCUCGCGGGAUCUACUACUACGGCAGUACAGAGGAGUUGUUACGAAAAAAGAAGUUCCUUCGUCAGGAGGUGGAGUCGAACACUCUGGGAAGUCCUGCUGCCGAGGAGCUCCUAGCUCACCUCCAGCCCAGCUACUGGUUCUCUGCACAUCUUCAUGUGAAAUUUGCUGCCAUUAUGCAGCAUCCGCCUAAAGGUAACGCUGCGCCACGUGUAACCAAAUUCCUUUCUCUGGAUAAAUGUUUGCCCUACAGGGAAUUCUUACAGAUUGUGGAUAUUCCAGAGAGACCAGGUUCAUCUGAGGGUCUGGAAUAUGAUCCAGAGUGGCUUGCUAUUCUCAAGGCUACCAACACUCUACAGAGGACCACUCCUCACCCCUGGAACCCCCCAGAGAAUAAUGGCUUGCAUGAACGGUGGGAUUUCAGAGCUUCAGAAGCUGCUAUGAUGCAGGUGGUGGAGGAUCUCAGCGGUGAUCUUGCCGUUCCAGACAACUUCAGUGCAACGGCGCCAUCCUAUGAUCCCAACAAGCCCCAUCCCCAGGCCACCCCGAGCUACAACACCAACCCUCAGACCACCGAGCUUUGCGCCAAGUUGGGCCUCACAGAUCUCUACGCCCAGGCUGAGCAGAGAAGAGAUGAUGUGGGGAGAGCUCAGGGCAGUACUGGAGGCGAGGAGGAGGAAGAUGAUGAAGAUGGAGAUAGUGUAGGGAGUGCAGAUGAGCCCAGCGAGUAUCCAACCGAUACUUCAGGAUUGUCAAGUUCAUUUAAUCCAGAUGAGAUCACGAUAGAAGAUGAGUGGGAGGAAGUGGAGGGAGAGGAGGAGGAGGAGGAGGAGUUAAAAGCAGAGGUGACGGGAGAAGAGCUCUCUAAUGCAAAAGCAGGUGAAAUCCACACGCCCAGCCGUUUGGUUCUACCUGAGCCCAAAUGUGGCGUCUCACCCACUCCUCUGCCCGACCUCGCAAACCUGCCUCCUCCUUCCCACUCUACCCCAGCUGCAGCUCACACUCAGUCUAGAGUAGAAAGCGCGGUGCUGGGUAGCGGCGAUGACGAGGACGUCCCAGCUGCACGCAUCCUGAAACGAACCAGCAACGAGAGUGGGAAUGCUGGCAGCAGAGGCCCAACUCCAAGAAUCAAACGCAGGAACCAGGUGAUCUAUGCAGCAGUGGAGGAUGACGAGUGUGAGGGAUAGUCAGUGUGGAGUUUUCCAUUAGUUAAUAUUCAUUAGACAUUAAUUUAUGUACCUGCAGCUACUCACAUGAGCUGUUCAAAGCAGAGGCUUUAUUGAAAUCCCCUAAAAGUGGACUGUACACAAGCAAAGAGCAUUAGUUUCUGGAUUCAGUUUCCACAGAAAUUAUAGCAACCAAAAUGUUUCUUUGUUUAAAUAUGAUUUUUAUGUAUUUUAAUUAAACCAAAUUUUUUAGAAAACAGAUUUUUUCUCCCCCCCCCCCCCCCCAACAUUGUAAUUUCACGAUAUAUCAAUAAUUAAAGAGGCCAAAAAGAUGAGAACAGCCGUUUUAAAACAGAAUGACUUCACAGCUUUAUUGAACACUUACAUACCGUAGGUGCUGAUGGAAAAAGCGAGUCUUGUUUUAAUAGCUUGUGUUAUCUUAGUCGCACAGAGCACUGAACCUACGUAAAAACACUGAACAAUAACAGUGAAUGCAGUUUCAUGUAUAUAAUGAGCUGUUAGUGCUGAGAGGAAGAGCACAUGAUUUCCAUUUGUAUACUAUUUGAAAAUUGUUUUAAUGAGUGCUCAAUAUUUUUCAUUAAAAUGCCUGGAUGUGAAACUGAAAAUAAAGCAGGACAAAAGAGUUCUCUGGACACCGAUGUAUGCUCAAAUCCCACUGAUUUAUAACAUUGCUCAGAGUCCUUUAAACGAUCCAUUCCAGGUUCACAAAUGUGCUCUGCUAAAAAUCAUCAAACAUUCUCAGUGAAAUUAAGACAAUAUUUAACAUACAGUGUAUUUGACAGGAUCUCUUUACAUCUAUACAAAGAGCCGGUACAGUAUAGCCUAAUGACAGGGUGCCAGGGUUUUUGGUUUAUGGUGCAAACUAACAUCAGGGAAGUAGUCCUGAUCUUGGUCUACGAAGCACAC